AUGCCUGGCUCAGGCCCCGAUGGCAAGACGAAGCAAACCUCCACUGAUGGGAGGAACUGCUGUCAGUCCCAAGGCAAGGCCCUGCUUGGCUUUGCCCCCAUCCCCACCAUCUCCCCAAAUGCUGAGCUUCAGACCUUGCUUGCGGUCAUCUUUAGCCUUCAUUCUGAGAAGAAGCCUCAUGUGGACCUUGCGAUGUGGAAGUGUAUCAACCUGCACACCGACACCAAUGAGGUAUCAGGGACUAGAAAGGACUCCCCCUCUGGAGCCAUGGAGACCACAGAGAUUGAAGAAUGUUUUGAAGGAAUAGGUUAUAAGAACUUGAAGAGCAAACUGUACCUGGAAACAGUAGCUGAUGUAUUUCAGCAGCACAUCAGAGCUGUUCCUGUUGAGAACCUUAGCAUGCACUGAGGGAUGCAGGGAUUGCAUGUAAAGACUCUUUUGAAUCAAAUUGGGAGAAAGAACUGAGGUGGCUGGUGUCUCCAGGUACAUCAUGGUCUAUACAGAACUCUGACCACAAUGAAAUUGGAGAGCAUUUUUGGAGGACACUUCCGCAACUCUUCAGUCGAUAAUUAUAGCAGUGGUGUGAUCCACCUUCUGGUACACAUGACACUCAAUGGCAGAAGCUACGUUGCUGACGCUGGGUUUGGAUGCUUCUACCAGUUCUGGGAGCCUCUGGAGUUAAUUUCUGGGAAGGAUCAGCCUCAAGUGCCUGACAUUUUUUACUUAACAGAAGAAAAUGAAACCUUGUACCUGAACCACAUCAGAGGAGAACAGUACACUUCAAACCAGAGUCUUCAUUCUGAUCAUCUGGAAAUGAAGUAUCAGAAAACCUAUCCCUUUACUCUUAAACCUUAAACAAUUGAAGAUAUUGAGUCCAUGAACGCACACCUUCAGAAACCCCCAACAGCAGUGUCUAAAAAUAAAUCAGUGUGUUCCAUGCAGACGCUAGAAGGGAGAUUCAGUUAUAAGCAAAACAUAGAACUUGUAUAAUUUAAAAUCCUGGAGGACAAAGAAAUAGAAGAAGUAUUGAGAACAAUAUUUGGCAUUUCAUUGGAGAGAAAACUUGUGCCAAAAUAUGGUAAUCUCUUGUCUAAGCUCUAUUAA